AUGGGCAACGAAGCGAGCCUGGAGGGAGGAGAAGCGCUGGCCGGGCUGCCCGACGGGGUGGCGGCUGCCGCGGCCGGGGAUGGCGGAGGGCAAGGGCUGGCAGCCGGCGUGGAGGCGGAUCUGAGCCAGCUCAGCGAGGAGGAGCGGAGACAGAUCGCCGCUGUCAUGUCAAGGGCGCAGGAGCUGCCCAAAGGAAACCUCCCCGGCACGACCAGCGCGGAGCCCCCUCCCCUGCAAAGACAGCCUGAGCUUGAUAUAAACCACUAUGCAAGGCAGCCAAGUAAGUCUUCAUCCAGUUUAAGCAAAAGCAGAACAGUAGAUGUGUUGAAGACAGAACAACGGUCACCUGGAAGGAGCCCUUCUUCCACUAGUCUGAGAGAAUCUAAAUCCAGGACUGAUUUUAAAGAAGAUCAGAAGCCAAGUAUGAUGCCUAGCUUCCUCUCUGAGGCCAAUCCAUUAAGUGCAGUCACUUCAGUCGUAAACAAGUUCAAUCCUUUUGAUUUGAUAUCGGACUCAGAUGCAGCCCAGGAAGAAACCAACAGGAAACAAAAAGCAGUUCAGAAGGACCAGGGAAAGCCUGAGGAGCAAAAGGGACAUGCAAAGCAUCCAACUCAGCAACAAUCUCCAAAGCCAACAGUUCAGCAAAAAGAGCCUGUCAAAUCUGCACCCCAGCAAGCAGGACCUUCCAGACUGCCACCCCAACAGCAGCAACCAGGGGCAUCUAAGCAAGCUCCGAAACCAGGGCCUGGUCAGCCAACAGGCCCUCCAUCAGAACAAGCAAAACAACCAUCUCAACAACGAGGGCCACAGAGAACUCAGCCGCAGCAAUCAGAACCCACAAAGCAGGUACCUCAACAACAGAGUCCUGCAAAACCUUCACCACAGCAACCAGGCCCAACCAAAACAUUACCACAGCUACCAGAUGCUGCUAGAGGACCGUCCCAUGCACCAGCUCCUGCAAAGCCAUCAGCACAGCAGCCAGGUCCUACAAAACAACCAUCUCAGCAACCAGGACAGCAAGCAGGUCCUGCAAAACCAUCGCCUGAACAAGCAGGGCCUGCUAAACAAUCAUCUCAGCAGCCUGGGCCCGGGAAACCAUCCCCUCAGCAAGCAGGACCUGGUAAACAACCAUCUCAACAGCCUGGGCCCGGGAAGCCAUCCCCUCAGCAAGCAGGACCUACUAAGCAACCAUCUCAGCAGCCAAGACCUGCAAAACCAUCUCUGCAGCCAGCAGGGCCUGCAAAGCUACCGUCACAACAACCAGGACCUACAAAACUAUCAGGCCAGCAACCAGGGCCUGGUAAACCUUCACAGCAACAAGUAACUGCAGCCACACCUGGUGAAUCAGCCCCAAAGAAAACUUUCUGUCCUCUUUGCACUAGCACUGAACUGCUGCUGCACACUCCAGAACAGGCCAAUUACAAUACAUGCACACAGUGUCAAACCGUGGUCUGCAGCCUGUGUGGCUUUAAUCCCAAUCCGCAUAUAACAGAGGUUAAAGAAUGGCUCUGUUUAAACUGUCAGAUGCAAAGAGCACUAGGUGGUGAUUUAGCUUCAGUUCAUGGUCCUAUGUCACAGCCUCUUCUACCCAAACAGAAGACAACCUUUCCACCUUUAACAACCAGACCACCCUCCCAGCCCCAGCAGCCUAUUCAAAAGAAAGAGAUUUCUCAAACAUCUGCUCCUUCCCAGCCCCCAGAACCUAAAAAGCCCCCACCACUGACAAAGCAACCAUCCAUGCCUGGCUCUCCCCCUGUGAAAUUAAAACAGCUGCCCACUGAGCCUGUUACCCUGCACAUCUCUCAGCAAAUUGAACCCACUCCAAAAUUUGGCCAGAUCAAGCCAACAUUGGUCGAAGAUAAGCAAAAGAAGCCUACAACUGACAGUGUGCUUACCUCUUCGGCAUCUGGUCUGAAACAGGAUUCACAAGGUCCUAAAGCUCUGUCAACUCAACAGAAAGCAAUGGAACCUCAGAGAGCAGAACAUGCCAAGCUAUUGCAGGACACCCAUCUGGCUGGGGAUAAAGCUGUCCUGCCAGAUUCCAAAACUUUACCACAAGUGUCACAGCAAAAGUCAGAUCCUAGAUUUGUUUCUCACCCUGGAUCAGAGACUAAAGGUCAAAAAGCUGUUGAGCCAACACAAAUGAAGGAAGACUCUAAGAAGACACAAAUAAAAGUAAACCCAAAACCUGAUGCCAAGCAGGUUCCAAAAGGACAACAACCAGCUGUAGGCCCAAAGCCCACCCCAGUGCAGCCAACACCUCAGCCUCAAAAGCCUCAGAGAGCUCAAGAGCAACCAAGGCGUUUCAGUCUAAAUCUGGGAGGUAUUACUGAUGCCCCUAAACCACAGCCUACAACUCCACAAGAAACAGUUACAGGGAAACUCUUUGGAUUUGGCGCUUCAAUCUUUAGCCAGGCUUCAAAUUUAAUCUCCACAUCAAGCCAACCAGGGCCUCAAUCCUUGGGCCCUCUACUGGGGCCUGCUACUAAGCAACCCCCUCCACCAUCUCAGGUAUCACCCAAAGAGGCCAGUCAGACUCAACCAUCUCCAAAAGCAGCACCUGUGAAAAAAGAAGCCAAGCCUCCUGUGGCGGAAAAAUCACAGCCACCCAAGGCAGAUAACAUUGUAACCGUUAAAGGAUCUGAAUUUGAAAAGAAACCUAUUGCUGCUAAAGACAGCAAGCCUCAAAUUGCUGAAUCUAAAAAAAAUGCUGGGCCACCGGGACUGGAAAAAACUACCCUACCUAUAUCAACUUGUACUCUUUGUAAAACUGGACUAAACAUUGGUUCUAAUGAUCCUCCCAACUUCAAUACAUGUACAGAAUGCAAGACUAUUGUGUGCAAUCUCUGUGGAUUUAACCCAAUGCCGCACAUAGUUGAG